CAUCUCUCUGCUCUUAGGUUCUGUUCGUGAACGACAAUGCUACUGUCAGGAAAGUUGUAGCUGCUGCUGAACAGGUGUUGGAGCGCCUCUCUGAGCUAGGCUUAUCCCCAGACAUCAAGUCCCUGCUCAAAUCCUUUCAGUUGUUUUCUGACGGCCUGCUUCUUCUCAACAGUCUGACUGUGGAGAGAGCAAAUUCCUUACAGGAUCCCAGACAAACCAAACAGCUUUUUGACUCCUUGGAGACCCUGAGGAAGUGUAUCUCCAUGCUGCACACAGCCAUGUGCACAACCAUCAAACACCCUACAAGCAAGGAGGCCCAAGCAGCUAAGAGAUACAUACUUGACAAGGUGCAGAGUACAGUGAGUGACAUUAUUGCAACCCUGAGGAGUGAAUGUCAAAGAGGAUCUCUAGGUCCUUGUGGGUAUUACACCGGAAGGAGGAACAGUCUGUUGCAGCUACUUGCUAGUUCCUCCACCUCCUCAGUCCGAGGCAGUGGCUUUGACAGCAUGGUGAGAGAUCUUGUGAUUCAUUGUAUGGUCGUGGCAAACUCUUCCCGUAGAGAGUUUCAGCAAAGAUUGGUGGCUCAUUGUCGACACAUCCUACAGUUCUGGUCCGACAUAAAAAGGAUUUUUAAGACCUCGGCGGAUCCUGAUGAUUCUGAGCAGCAUCUACAGAACUACUUCACCUUGUUGGUGCAACAAAUACAGAUGCUUGACAAAGCAAUGAUGACCACCAUUCUUUAUCAAGUCUUGGACACAUUUCUGAUAGCAUCAUCUACAUUUGAAGAACUUUUAAGUGUGACAAGACAGGUCCUGGUUGCAGAUUCCUCUACAAAGAUUGAUCUGAGCUUUAUUCAGCCACUACUUGAAGAUUUCAUAUCUUACACUGAUAGAAUAAUCCAAGUUGCAAGUUUUAUCUCAGCUGUGGCUGUUGAUGCAAAGAGCCUGGAGAAUGUGGAGAACUCUCGAGUCUGUCUCACAAGACUCAGGGCCCAAAUUGCACCUCUUUCACUAGAGCUGGCAGACAAAUCGAUACAAACCCCUAAAAAGCUUCAUGAGAUUUGUCAAAAAUGGGAGGAGGAGACUGGUCAGCUACAGGACACUCUGAGUGAUGUGCUAGAUGUCAGGGAGUUCACCAGUAUUGCUAUUACUGAGAUGGUCAGUGACCGCCAAGGGUGUGACGCUGCAUACAGAGAGCAGAGCUAUAAACUGUUUAAUGAACAUGCAACAAACUUAAUUUGUCAUAUGAAGCUGGUAACGCACUCAGUGAGGAGGUACUUGGACAGAAGUGAUAACCCCAUCUACAGGAAUGGCCUCCUGGUCCUGUUGAAACAGGGUCAAUUAUCUCAAGCAAAAGUGGUCCAGUCAGUCAGAGACAUGCUGUUUAGUUCCAGUCUAAAUGUGGAGGUAUAUCCUACCUUUUCAGAUGAUGUUGCUGCUGCCAUUAAGAACUUUAAAGUGCUCAGGGAGGGACUGGACGGCCAACAGCAUCCACAUCUCCUCAGCCCACUGCGAGAGAGGGCACGUCAGCCUGACGUCUCACAGUCACAUUUACCGGUCAAGGACACCUGUGAACUGAACCUGGAUCAUAUGGUGAGAAGCUCUCAUUCUCCUGUUCUGGAGGUUACAGAGAGGGAUUUCCUAACCAAACAUGAGGAGGAGCACUCAGAUGGGGAAACUGUAGAAGCGGAACUGACUCAUAAAAAUGACAGCAAUGAUUUAAAGAUACCAGCUGUCUCAGAUGAGCCCAAACUGAUCCACAGGCCUCCUGAAUUUGACCUUUUACCCCUCUUGUGUGAAGUUGUGACUGUGACUAAAGGAAAAGAUGUGACAGUACUCAACCAGGCCUGCACUGGUGUUCUCGAGCUGUCAAACUGUUACGCUCAAGCUGCAAAGGAAGCUUUAGCCAUUGUUGAUGCUGUUGAUUGUCAGACGCUGGAAAGCUUUCGAGCUGAACUGGUGUCGCUGACUCCACUGCUUGUCCAGACUGCUCAAGAGACAGCGAUGAGCUCAGCGAUGAGCACAGAGAGCAUCUACAAGCACAGCACGCAGUUUUCUGACCUCAUCAACAACAUUCGCAAGGUUCUGCUACCAGUAACUGGAACCUGGUUUCAUGCUGUUUACAAUGAGCUGCAAGGAAAUCUACCAACAGUGGCAGCCACUGUUACACAGCAGCUCAAUGAAGUAAUGAAUUCAUGUGCAGAUGUUGUCCAGCUCUUGACAUCAUCUGAUUUAGCUUCACAAAGUGACGGUCAAGAAACAUUCACUGUCUUACACAACAAGCUGAACAAAGCCCAGAAUAACACAAGAUAUCUGGUAGAGUUUUCCACCUCACCAGAAGGGAAAGUAGAUCAGCUAGAGGGGCUAUGUAUCCUCUGGGGUCUGUCUGUUCAGAUUUUGUUCAGUUCUUUGGAUAAGAUUUUGGGGACAUCAACUGCAAUGAGCCAACUGAGCCCUCAAAAGCAGCUAUCAGCAUUGUCCGAGAACUCGCUGAGAAUCCAAGAGGCAGUGAGGCUCACCAGUCUAAACUGCAGAAGUGCUUACAAAUCCAAACAGUUAACAGGAUAUCAGGAUGAGCUAAAAACACUGACUGAAGCCUACCUUCAAGCUGCUGAGGACCUUGGCAUGAUGCCGAACGUAAUGCAACUAGCAAAGUCAGAACUCUUUCGGAGAAAACUUUUGAUUAAAAUUAAAGUGCUUUCAGGUCACUUAAGCAAAGCAAAUAAGGAUUAUGAUACUGCUCUUCAAAAUAUUGUCAGCAUUACUUACUUUGCAGCAGAAAACUUCAGGGAGAAUAAGACAGAAAAUGCAGAGCAAAAAUUUGAAAAUGCAGCACAGUUACUUUUUGAAAAUGUAAAAUCUGCUACCAAAAGAGUCAACGACUGCUUAAACUACAUCCGGGACCCACGCUCCCGCUCUAACCUGAGGUCUAUCAAUGACCAUCUGUCUUUUCAGAUCUCAGACAUAAUCAGCAGGGCGAGGCUCAUGGUGGAGACUCACUUUAUCUGUGACACACUCAGUCUGGAUGUGCAGAUUCAGUGCUGGUCUGCCAAAGCUCACUAUGUGGUGGAGGAGAUCAGUAAGCAAGACAGGAUUCACCAAGAGGCUAAAGAGUACAUCAGGGCUGGCCUACAGGGCAGAGCGCCUGAGGAUAUCAAAGAUGGCCGAACGACAACACCAUCUAAUGUCAAAGAAGUGGGAUUUCAAUCUGAAACAACUUCUUGGCUGGAAAUUAAUACAGAAAGUGUUGACACUGCAGAACCAAGCAUGAGCACAUCAGCUGGUAUCAAAUAUGGACCUGGAAAUAUGGAAAAGGAGGAUGGAGUUAGUUUAUACAAAGAAGCUUCAUCCUUGACUUACACCUCCCUUUACCUAAAGCAAGAAAGUGACAGCUGGGAUCCCAAGGACAACAGAAUUGUCCAGGUGACCAGGAAGAUGGCUGACACAAUAUACUACAUGACUCAGUACUUGAAGAAGAAAGGCCCAAUACUGAACAAAGAGGCAUUUGUCACAGCAGCCAAAGAUGUGAUCUCAAACUGUCAGUCAGUGACUCAUUUCAUCAGAGUUAUUGCCAACCAUUGCCUGGAUAAACAGAGCACAGUUGAGCUCUCCCUCAUAGUGGAGCAGAUUCUCACCAUCACAAACCAGCUAAACAUCAUCUCCAGUGUCAAUGCUGUAACACCCGGCUGUAAAUCAUCUGAUGAGAUCCUGGUGAAGAACACACAGAAUCUACUCCAGACAGUCCUGCGUGGUGUCCAUGCUGCAGAAACAGCCUGCAUUACGGGUUUAAAGCAGCCUGAGCCAAACUCAGAUGGAGCGGAGGCUACAGCUUUGUGUUUCCAGUGGAAGAGGAAGCUGGAGAUCCAUCGAGCCCAGCAGACCUCUAACCCAGAGACUGAUGAGCUGGGUUUGAGGAAGACCUCAUCUCAUCCUGUAGCACCGAGUCUUGCCCCACCACUGCAAGAGGGCACUGUGACCACGAUCCCUUCAAAAGACAAGUAUUUAUCUCUUAAAAACAAGUAGCUGAACGCUGAUUAUAUGUUUUCCAUUUGAUAUGAUAAAAAUGUGAAACCCACUUAACUCUUAAGGGUAACUUCCACAGACAUUUUGUGUUGGAUAUGAACACUAAAAUGAGACACAAACUUGAUGUUUGAUUCUGAAGUAAAAUUGUUGAUGUUUUAUCUCUUUAUUAAGAUAUUUAUAUUAAAACCACUGAAAUGUUAUGGGAAUAUGUGUUGGUAAAAUAUCAUACAUUAUUUGACAACCAUAACCACCAUACAGACAAAAAAUAAAGCAUUAUUCAUUAAAACACUCAAAAACACACUGUACACAUGAUUUUUCUUUUU